ACUAGGGACUGUAAUGACAUUACUGUCCCUAUGUUAUAAGUCAUUGUUUUGAAUUCACGUCCAGAAUCCAGAGGGAAAUGUAAGGAAGUGAAAAGCAGCAGUGGUUUCUCUUUUUCAAAGCAAAAAUCUUGGACUGUAUCUCACUCUGCUGGAUUUUUUCAGUUUUUUUUUCCACUUAUUCUUUUUUUCAUCUCACAUCCACGCCUUUCAACAGUCGACCCACUUCUCGAUGUGAAGCAGACUCCUGCACUGCUGCCUCUGAUCGUGUCUCUCACAUCUGAAGCUCAUUUUUAUGCAUUUAUUUAUUUACUUUUUUUAAAAAAAAAGAAACAAAGAAUCGUCGUAGUUCAGCACACUCGAAACACAAACAUGUGGAGAUGGAUUUUAUGAAGCUGUUUGCAACUGUUGUCGCCGUUUUGUUCCACUCCGGAUCCGCUUCUAAGAUCAACGGCCAGAUGAUCUGUCGGCGCGGGAGAGAGCGACCGUGCUACAAGGUGUCCUACAUUCAGGACAGCGGACGGAGGGCCAACUUUGACGAUGCCAGGCAGGCCUGCAGGUCAGAUGGAGGCCAGUUGCUCAGCAUCGAAACGGAAAGCGAGCAGCGGCUGAUAGAGCGGUUCAUACAGCAGCUGCAGGCCGGAGACGGAGACUUCUGGAUCGUUCUCCGACAUAGCCCGCAGCGCUACAGGACGGAGACCGCACGCCCGGGUUGCUCCUCACAGUACUAUUGGCUGGAUGGAAGCAAGGCCAAGUUCAGGAAGUGGCACUGGGAUGAGUCAUCGUGCCGUGGUGAAAUGUGUGUUGCGCUGUAUGACCAGUCGCCUGCGACACCUGAUGAAGGUCAUUUCCCGUUCCAGUGGAAUGACGACGACUGUAACUCCAGGAACAGUGUUGUCUGCAAAUACCCAGAAGAAAAAGCGCCCGUAUUUACUGGCACAAGGAACAUGACACAUGCAGUUCCGUCUCUGAGGCCAAAUCUAUUCUCAACUACACAGAGUGAUGGGAGGACAAAAAUAGUACAAUCUGAGUCAUCAGUAUCUCUCUCCGAAAACACCUUAUAUGUUUCAUACAUCCUUUAUGGGACGAUACCUGCUGUCCUGCUGCUGCUGUUUGCAGCUGCUGGGUUCUUCUGCUACAAACAGCAUGCUAAGAGGAGGAAGACUGAAACAGAAAGCUAUUCCAGCAGAUUGCAGCCAUGGAUGUUACCAGCAGCUUCACCGUGCCCCAUACAAGGACCGUAUGCCUCGAGUGACAUCACCAAACUGCCUCACACUGCUCUCGACAGCAACAUGCAACCAGCGGACGUCAUCACAAAGUACUCCAGCGCUCGCUUCCAGGACUCCCAGUGCGACGAAUAUGAGAAUGUCGUGUGCACAAACAGGGAGAGUGGUUUUGUGACCAAUGACAUCUAUGAGACGUGCAACAGUCAGGCUGGUUGGGUGGAAAAUGAGAUCUAUGGAUAACAUUGAUUAUGCCGAUCUGUUUUCCGCAAAGCUUAACCCUCAUUUGAUCAUAGCUCUGUCUCCUCUGUGUAUUCUGAUGCCGCUCCCUGACCAUGCAGCUUUUUUAUUACCUAUAGUACAGGGUUUCUCAAGGGUUUAAAUAACUGCAAUUCCAUAUUUACAUCACCAAUGGAGAGUUCUCAUAAAUAGUAAAUAUGAACAUGGUGUUGUUUCAUAAAAGAUAUAUAGCUGAUAUGGGCCACACAGUUGGUGUAGUGGUUAGCACUCUUGUCUUUGCAGCAAGAAGACCCGGGUUCACGACCCGGUCAGAACAAGGGUCUUUCUGCAUGGAGUUUGCAUGUUCUCCAAAUACAUGCAGGUUUGGGGAUUAGGCAAAUUGGACACUCUAAAUUGACCUUGAGUGUGAGAGUGCAUGGUUGUUUGUCUCUAUGUGUGACCCUGUGAUGGACUGGCGACAUGUCCAGGGUGACCCCGCCUAUCGCCCUAUGUCAGCUGCCCUGAGAGCACCCACCGUGACCCUCAUGUGGAGGCAAAAAACUUAAACAAGAACACUUGUUUAAAACUGGUCAGUUUAGAGUCUCCAACUAACCUAAGGGCCUCCUCGAUGUGAGACAUCAGUGCUCACCACCACACCACUGCGCCCUCUGUUAUAUGAAUACAAGUUUAAAAUAUUCACACGCUGUUUCAAUAUGUUGUAUUAUUGGAAAAAAAAUGUCUGCUUAAGCUAAAUUUGUCAACAGACACCGGUUUGAAAUGAGUAAGAUACAUAGCUCUAAACUUCUAUAGGAAACCAUGUAUCAUUUUCUGACUGAUUCUGCAGGAAAAAACCUGGAAUAGAUGAAAAGUGAGAGGAAUCAUAAUAAUACGUCCUGUCAUAGAUAUAUGCAACGUUUUGCUUUAAACUUAUUAUGGUGAGGCAUUGUGGAAGAAAAAUGACACCCUCCAAGUUUAUAUAUUAUUUUUCUUUGACACUGCAAAGUGGUUUUCAGAGGGAAAAUGAAGACUCAAGGAUCUGUGUUGUUCUGUAUCCAAAACAAAACUUCAUAUCUAUUGUGUUUUGUCAGACAAGGAUGAUUAUAUGACACGCUACAACACUGACCUGUCCUUGCAGGCGUCUAUUUACAGCUACUAAUUUACAACAAACGUGAACCACUAGUAACAUGAAAGUAAAUCAGAAAAUCCAUCAAAAAGACUGAUGGUGUAAAGAAAAUGCGGGAACCCAUUAUUUGUGACAAUCUAUGUGACAACACAUCUAUCCAUGGGCCUUCACUCGUGCUGUAAACAGUGUGAAAUCAAACUACUCAAACCACUUUUUAAUAACCAUAUUACUGUAUACAAACAGAGGGAUAAAAAUAUGUCGUCCCUCUUUUCCUGUGGAGUCGUCCAAUUUAGGGACAACUCUGAUCUUUUCUCUAAACCUGAACUGUGGAGUGAACCCUGCUCAAGGCUUCCUGUUUGGAUUCUGAUGUCAGGGAACAGGACAGUACGUGCGGAAACGCUGAUGACAGAACUCUGCUGACCCCACUCAACUCAAACGUUGUGGGCUUUUCCCCAAGACUUGACAGUGUGACAAACUCAGUCCAUCCCACUCAUCUCCCCACCACACACACACUCCACUGACAGUCGCUGUGACUAGUUCUGGACAUUGUAAUGGAUUUAUUCGUCAUUGUUUGUUGGUAAAAUAUUAUACCUGUGGAUAUACGAUAUAAUGGUUUGGUCUGAGUAUGUACCGAGUGGGCCGUAGGGUCGGUGUCUUGGAAAGAUGUAGUAAGCCCACAAAGGAGAAGCUGAGUGUGUUCUUGGAGAAUGUUUGACAGGAAAUGCCAAAAGCACAUCUGGAACUCUUACAUUCAGGAAGUCCAUGCGUGACAGCAGAGGCCUUUGGAGCGCUGCUCUGCUCUGCUUUAGCGAUGCACUGUUUUCUGUUAGACUGUCACUGCGGGGGCUUAAAAGAACAACCACAGGGUGUUAAUGUGCACUGCAGCUCAAAGGUGACAAGUGUUUUUGGCUUUCAAAUAAAGUUUGGCCUGCCAGA